AUGAGUAAAAGCAGACAGCAGCUGAGCAGUUCUUCCAGGGACUUCCAGCUGCCCGAGGCCCCAACCCAGGUCAAGCUCUCCCCAAACCUCCUCCUGGAGAAAAAGGCCUCAGAAGCAAAGUGGCGCUGCAGCCCGCCCCGCCGGAGCACGCGGGGCCGACAGGGCGGGGUUGAGGGGGUGGUGGUAGGGGAAGCCUGGGCUGCAGCCCUCCGCAGAGACCCGCCCGCCCGCCCCUCACCCCGGACCCCCGCCCCAGACAGGCCCGGAACCGGCUGGGACCGCGCGCCAAGCGCCCAGCUCCGGACGCGAGCUCUCGGACCCCCUUCCUGCCUCCCCUGCCCCUCCCCGCACCCUGAACUUCGGGAACCCCAGACCCCCUCCCACUGGACCCCCAGUUCGGAACUGGGGACCGGGGACCUCUAUAGCACCCCCGACCCUGAGAACCAGACCUCUCCCCGCUCCCCGCGGGACGCCCCGGGCCCUUGGGGAGUGCGUCCGUCUGUGUCUCACCCCGUCCCUCCCGGGACCCGGGCUCGUCCCCCAGGAGGUCCAGGCUCACCUGGGCUGGACAGGGCGGGGACCUGGCCGGGCCGGGCCGGGCCGCGUUCUCGCCCUCCGCCGCUCUCGCCCUUUAAGAGGUUCCUGCCACUUUGCCCCUUCGGGGGCCUCCACCUGCACUGA